CGUGUCUGACGCCGCUGGUCGGCGGCCACGUAGAGCACUAUUAGCCAUGUUAUAGCCAACCCGAUCUCACAGAGGUCACGUUGUAGCCAGCUGUUUCUUGUGUGUAAAAAAAAAUUGUGUGGGCCUAGCCGUGACCUCCGUGACGAAGGCGCCGGCCUAGCCUCCUAAAUCCACAUCUAGAUCUACAAUGGUGAACAAAUGUUGUGUCCCAUUUUGUAAGGGAAAUUACAAUAAAGAGACAAAAGCACAUGUUUUCCAAUUCCCUAAAGAUGAAGACUUAAAGAAAAAAUGGCUAGAGGCAAUACCUAGGAAGGAUUUCACACCAACAGGAUACUCUAAAAUCUGCCAUAAACAUUUUAAAGAAGAAGAGAUUUUGUGGGUGGACUCCAUGUUUGAUUUUAAAGCUGGAAAGUUAAUUACAGCUCCACGGUCAAAACCAAAACUGAAAGAAGGCUCAGUGCCAUCAAAAUUCCCCAUGCUCAGUCAUAGUAUUACUGCCAAUAAGCCUAUUACAAUCCGACCUAAAUCUACUGGUACUGUUACUCCAAAACAUAGAAAAGUCUGUUUAGAACCACUUGAGGUCUUCACUAGCCCAAGUAGUGUACCCCCAUUAAAUCUACCCUAUCCAAAUAGUGUACCUGUACUUGCUCUAUACAAUCCAAAUAGUGUACCUGUUGUUGCUCUGCACAAUCCAGCUGUUGAACAAGGUGGCUCAGAAAGGCAGAAAAGAAAGAGACAUGAAAUAUCACCAGCAGUUUUUACAAAUUCUUCUACCUCAAAGUAUGAUCAAGAACCCAACAGUUUGGAGGACUCAACUAGUUCAUCAUUUUCUGACACUGAUCAAAAACAGAAUAUUUGUCUGCUAGAACAGGAAGGGACAGAUAAUAAUCCACCUAACAUUGGGAUUUUGGCUCCAGAUGAGAUAAAACUAGAACCAGAGGAACCUGUUCCUAAUCAGAAUGAAUUGCAAAUAGAUCAAAUGAAAUACAGAAGGAAAAUAAAAACACAGGCGCAGAAACUUAUCAGGAACAGAAAAUGUGGGAGCUAUAAAGAAACAGAAGUUCAUUGCCAGACAGAUAUAAGUUGCUUUGAUAUGAAAUCAAUUCAUAUAUUAUCUAAACUAGAUGCUAAGUAUAAAUCAAUUCACACAUCAACUAUUCUAGAUUCUAAAGGUUUAGAUGCAUUGGUGGAACAAAAUAGCCAGAUGAAGUCAUUUAUUCAUGCUGUUCAUUGUGAGUCUGGUCUUAACCCUACCCCAGCACCUAAGGUCACCGCCAGCACAAAUGUUAAUUUCCAACUACAGGAAGUCAGUUUAUCCCAACCUAGUGAACCACAGAGAAAAAAAAGCAUACGCUUGUUUCUGUUAGCAAGUGCAUUGGUUAACAAUGACGAGGCAACUAAAUACUACACUGGGUUGCCAACCUAUGACACAUUUCAUACAGUGGUACACCAUGCAAGCAAGUAUGUGCCCCCUGGCAAUGUGAAGCUCGCUCUGGAAGAUGAAGCCUUUAUCGUCCUUGCUAAACUGCGUCUGAACCUCGGGCUUGAAGACUUUAGCUAUAGGUGUGGUUUAGGUGUUGAGUCAAUCAAAUCAAUAUUCCACACUUGGCUUGAAGCUCUGUACUUCACUCUUGGUGGACAGGUCCUGUGGCCUGAAACCAAUGAAGCCCAAUUUCCAAAAACUGUUAGUGAUUCCCUUUUUGAAAAUGUGAAAUGUAUCAUUAACUGUGUAGAAAUUUUUAUUGAAAAACCCAGGGGCUCACUGGCUAGAGAUCAAACCAGUUCAUCAUAUAAAGGCCUUCAUUCCAUUAAGUUCUUGUUAGCUUUUCAUUCAUCCGGCUCUGUCAUCUAUUUAUCAUCCAGUUGUGGUGGAAAGGUCAAGGAUAAGCAGAUCAUACUUGAAUCUGAUUUAUUGGACAAACUUACUGGUACUAAAAUAUUAGCUGAUCGUGAAUAUGAGAUCACAGAGGAGCUCAAAGAGCGUGGCGUGGAGCUAAUUAUUCCAGUUUUUCCCAAAGAAAGUCACCUUUUGUCUGCUGAAGACAAGGAACAGUCUCUGAAAAUGUCCAAAAUGAAGAAACACAUUCAGCAAGUCAUGGCACAAUUAAAGGAUUUCAAAAUUUUACGAGAAAUUCUUCCAGUUAGCCUUGUUCAUUUACACAAUCCAAAAUGUGAUACUCCAACCAUAGAACAAAUGGUAAGAGUAGUUUGUGGAGUUAUUAACAUGAAUCAUUCAAAAGCCUGAUAUGAAAAAAAUUCAAUAAUAUUUUGUUAAUGCAUUGACUAUUUAAAAUUGAGUUUUGUUGAUUAUUGUUGUAUUUGUUUGUUUUACAUGCUUCGAAUAUUACCUCCUAGCCCAAACUUACUGCAGGAUGGUCGGGGAUGGGGACAGAGCAAGGCUUGAACCCAGGACCAUCGAGAUGACGGUCCAGAGUGCAUACCAAAUAACCAGGCAGCCAUCCACACAAGAGUAAAUUUCUAUACAUAUAUUUUAUGAUAUUAAUGAACUUUUGGACAAAAGAUAGUUGCAGAGCUCAAUAGAAGUUGUGUAGCCAAUAUAAAGACCAUUUUACCAUUCCUAACUUUUUCUAUCUUUAAAUACAAUGCCCACCUUACAAACAUGUUUUACUAAAUUUUCUGAUAGUCUGUGCCUGAUGCAUUUAUUUUUAAAAAUAAUUUUUAGGCUGUAUAUACAAAGACAACAAAUUAAUUAAUAUGCUGAAAGAUUAGAAACAGUAAGAAUUGUCAAUAUCUUUGGCCUAAAAUUCUGUUCUUGGAUCAGAGUGAAUUAUUUGGUGCUGUACCAUGGGCCCAAAGAAACGGAUAGGGGAUAAUUUAAGUUCACAUACCAUGUUCAUAGCCUUGAACAAAUGUAAGGAACACAAUUUUGGGUUCAUCUUGCUUCCCUAUAAAUCGACUGACGAAGGCCAGCACCUUGAGGUACCCAGUAUCAUUGUUUGCUCCUCUGAAAAGAGAAUGGCCAAGAUUGUUAGGAAGAUAAAAUGAAACUUCCUUCAUCCACCUCACAAGAAAAUGUUUUCUGCAAUGCUUGGCUCUGUAAUAGAUGGAAUGGAGACGAGAUGUGCAGAAAACUUAAUUUCUGGUUUCAGAGCCUGUGGCAUUCAUCCACUUGAUCCAAGUGUUACAAAAAAAAUCCCUGCCACAGAAAAUCAGACUGAACACAGUGUUUCAGAGGUUGUGCUAAACUACUGAACUGUAAAUCUUUUCCCCAGACAUAUAGAGCUGGCACUGGGAAAGGAAACACAACAUAACAAAUAUUGUUCCACCAGGCUAAUCAAUCAGUGUGGAAGAGUAAGUUCAGAUAGGCAACACUAUACACCAACAUCACUUGUACCUGUAAAAGACAUACAGGUAGAUGAAAUUCAAAGUGCCUGUACUGACAUUGAUUCUUCACAUCAUUUCUGAUUCAGAGAUGAGUAGUUACUUUCUUGACAAAGAAAUGUUGGAAAAAUAUUUUCAAAGUUAACUUUCCAUGUUAAAAAUAAAGUAUGUAUUAAAACAUAAAAAUUU